AAUAUUACGCUAAGGAAUCAAAAAUAUAUUUACACUAUGCUCUAUAAAAGUCAGUUUACUUAACACUUCGGUUGUAAGUUGUAACUAGUAUGUAGGUUUUUAUUUAUUUUAAAAUCAGCUAUCAUCAAAUUCUAAUUUCAUUAGUUACACAAUACUUAUAUUUUAUAACAUGUAAAUAUGUCUUGGAAACUGUUUAAAUAUAACAAAAUAUGUCGAGGUUUUCUUCUAAGUAAAUUUUAAAAUUAGUUUACUCUAAUUAUAAGUAUAGAUACCUAUAGAGUAUAGAUAAUAAAUUUACAAAAAUAAUUUUUUUUUAAAGAAGUAAAACCUCUUCGGGAUACAAAACUUAAAAUCGCGGCGGAUUGUAUAGUUACCAAAUCAACAGGAUUCAACUUUAGAUCAAAAUGUGUACAAACGCUACAAACCCGAAUCAGGAACAAGAAGAGCUCCUUCUCGAACAGCAAAAGUUGACUACCGAACUGUCAGAGCUCCAGGAAUGGAUCAAUACGAGAAUGGCUGAACAACUGAAGCUUUACUACGUGAUGGUAGUAAAUUACGAUCGGAUGUUGACAAAACUCAGAACAUGCAAAGAGGAAUUAGAACGGAAUCGCACGGAAAACGCGCGUUUUAAAUUUACUUCACAAUGCCUGAUGGACAAGAUCAACGAAUUGACUAGUAGUGAUGACAAUAAAUCCGAAAAAGUCAAUAAUGAUAACAAUCAAGAUAAAGAUAAGAAUCCCGAUGCCGAUCCGUUAACUGCAUACAUGGAAAUGUGUACCAAAAAGUUGAUAGACGAAGUAAGUGCGUACAAGGAACAAGUUGAGAAGAUGUCCAGAGAGUUGGACGAUGUCAACGACCAGCUGGCCCAAUCGGCGUUAACGGAAGAUUGCCUGAAACGAGGCUUGGAUAACUUGACUGUGUUGGCCGAGGCGGAACGAAUGAGACGCGACCGAGACGAGACGGAAUUGCGGAAGACGGUGAACCAGCUGAUGGCCGAGCUAGACAAAGUGCAGCAGGAAAAAGAUAAAUUGCGGUCGGUCGAAGCCAAGUAUUCGGUCGAGAUGAUGCACAACGAGUCUGCGCAGGACGAAGCGCUGCGUACAGAAAAUGCCAGACUGCAAGCUAAAUUGGGAGCGAGUGGAAUUGUGGUAGCCACACUGCAAUCGAAGGUGUUUGAUCUUGAGAAGGAGCUGGCCAAGCAAACGAGCGUGAUGCAUGUGCAACAGGAGCAGAGUCAAGCCCCCGUCUUAGUGAUAGAAGGCGGUUCGUCUACGUCUCUAAUGCUGUACCAGUGUAAUUUAUCUGGGGACGAACACGGAGCCAGUUUUCUGGACUUAGGACGCGGUGAUGACCAAUCAACAUCGUGUUUAUUGUCGAUUAAAUACUCCGGUUGCACCGCUGCCGAGGACAUGACACAGUCUUCUUCGCAGUCGACCAACGACGACAGCCGACAGCCGUCGUGUUCGCUGUCGUGUUCGCAGUCGUCUACCGUACAGGAAGAAUGCAGCUCCGAAACAACCGCUGAACCAUCAUUGGCGGAAUUUAGACUUAACCGUUUGAGUUACAUCAUAAAAAAAUACGAGAGCAAACACGAAGACAUUUCGUAACGAAUUUUGUGAUAAGGAAUAGGUGGCGUCACAUUUAUCUGGUCAGUAAAAUCAUAACAAAAAAUAAAUAUAAAAGUACAACCAAGC